AUGACUAUGACCACUCAUGCCGAGUAUGACGGACACACUGAGGCAGUCACCGUUGCUGCCGCUUUUCCAUCUGCCAUCAAGGACCGCACCAUUGUCAUUACUGGUGCCAACAAGCUUGGUAUCGGCUUCACCACUGCGCAGGCUCUUGCCUCUCAAGCACCACGCCGACUCAUUCUUGCGGGGAGGUCGACUGCAAAGGUCCAAGAGUGUAUCGAUGCACUACGUUCAGAAUACCCGGAUGUAGACUAUCGCCCAUUACAGGUCGAUCUCAGCUCCCAAGAAUCGGUCAGAAAGGCCGCUUCCACCGUGAUGGCUUGGGAGGAUGUUCCUGACAUUGAUCUUCUCAUCAACAACGCUGGAGUCAUGAAUCUUCCAGAGCGCACGCUCAGCCCCGAAGGAAUAGAAAUGCACCUCGCAACCAACCACGUCGGGCAUUUCCUCUUCACCAACCAGAUUUUGCCAAAACUCAUUGCUGCCGCGAAGGACUCACCACGAGGUUUUGUCCGGGUCAUUAACAUCAGCAGCGUCGGCACUAUGGUCUCACCUCUUCGUGUCAGCGACGUCAACUUUACCAAGGCAAUCAAGGAGCUACCAGAAAAUGAACGACCGAACCAGGCCAUAUUGAAGGGUGCUAACCUGCCAGCCGACGACGACACGACUUAUAUUCCCAUGGCAGCGUACGGGCAAAGCAAGACCUGUAACGUCCUGUUUUCGGUUGGUUUGAACCAGCAAUUGUACGAGAAGUACGGCAUUCUGAGUCUCGCCGUGCAUCCUGGGGAGAUUCAAAGCGAACUGGCAAGGCACACGGACAAGCAAUGGUUGGAAAAGGUCAUUGAGAUCAGAGAGGCACGUGGGCUGUUCUGGAAGACUUUACAGGAGGGAGCAAGCACUACACUUGUCGCCGCGUUGGAUCCCAAGUUGGAGCGACCAGAGAGUGAUGGAAAGGGAUACUUCCUGAGUGACUGUCAGGUUGGGGGUGUCCAACCUUAUGCUGUCGACGAGGACAUCGCGCGCAAGUUGUGGGAAAUGAGUGAGGGAUUUGUCGGCGAGAAGUUUGCCUGGUGA